AAGAAAGCUAGCGUUCAAUACUAUUUCAGCUAUUUCCAACUGUAUAUGUAUGUACAACAGUAAAUAUACAUAACUGCAUUGCAAUGGAGAAAACAAUAUUGUCUUUGGAUUUUUUACUAUUCAUUACAUGUAUCUGGAACGUGGACUCGAGGCAAUGCAGAGGAUCGUUCCGUUGCUGUUUCGGAUAUAAGUGGAGUGAGACAUUAAGAUCUUGUAUUGUAUGCAGUGUAGGUUACACAGGCAUUGGAUGUCGCAUGACUUGUCCAUAUCCUUAUUAUGGUGUUCAUUGUCAAAAGAGAUGCCAAUGUACCAAGGAGAAAUGUAACAUUGCUCUCGGAUGUGUUUCAGGUACGACUACAGACAGAUCAGUAGUAGAAAAGGCUUCUGAGAGCGUUAGUUCAGCGCUUGCAAGGAAUCUUAAUGCCGCAAAAGUCAAACAUGCAGAUAUGAACGAUGCUACAUUCCCAAUUGAAACAACUACUGAGAAUUUUACAUCAGAGUUCUCUGCAAUAUUUACUACCUCAAACUUCAAUGUUUUACGUACGAGUAUCUCUGAUAAAUACAUUACCGAAGCCAAACCCCCUGUAGAAACAGCAGAGGAGAAUAUUACUAUGAUGAAAAUUAAUCUAUGUGGUAAUUUCUCUGGUAAACCCAAAUCUCAGACCAUUCUGUCUAACGUGACUAUUGUUUCCUCCAUUCUUCUGGGACUACUUGUGAUCCUGAUGAUUGGUAUAUAUGGUGUAUACAAGGCUCUCAAAGUACGCAAAGGAAAUGCUGAAAGUUCUAUCUACACUGAAAUUGGAGCAGAAAUAAAGACACCACAAAUACCUGAGGUGAUUUACUCAAAACUAAGAGGAAACGAUGAAUGUUACACUGAAGUGGUAUAAUUGUGUUAAAAGGAACUUGACUUAAGAUUAGCGCUCUAAUAUUGAGAUCACUGUACACAAGGUUAUUUUCGUCCCGAGUUAUUAUCGCCCAUUUACUUUUGCUAACGAUUUGGCUUCUUUUAAAUUCGCCCAUCAUAGUUCUGUUUACGAGAUCAUAUAGUGUUUUAUCGAAUUCUGUCUGUUUUAAAUUCGCCAACAUGUGACAAGGGCGAAAGGGGUGAAAAUAAACCAGUGUACAGUAUUCAAAAA